UCAGCGCACGGCCAAGGUCUCCAGGUCCGCAGCCGCUCUCCCAGGGCGGCGACUCCUCCAAGGUGGAACCCCGCGUAAUGUCUUCUAAGGGUGAAUGAAGUGGGGCGCCCAUCUCGAGGGGAACCGUGGGGCCUCUCGGCCCCCGGCAGGCGGAGAACCCUGGGGAGAUGCUGAGGAGAUGGCCUUGUGAAGAACCCGUUGCCCGCCACGAGCUGCUGUCUCCCACAGCUCCUCAGAAAGAGCCUCCUCGGAAAGGGCUCUGCCAGGGGCAGCGGGUUCACCCGCCGUCCCCCCACCCCCACACACACCCCCAAAGCACGCGCUCAGGCUCUGGACAGGGCUGCUGACCCCAGCCCAGGUGAAGGGGCUGGGGGAGCAGAGCCAGAGCCCGAGACAAUGCUAGGGAGCCUGGCCCUAGAGGCCCGUUUGCCCCCAGGCCCUGGCAUUGUACAAUAGACCCUUUGCUGCGGGGGAAAGCCUGUGGGCAUGCACCCAGGGGCAUCACAGGCAAGAGCUGUCCCUGCAGAGAGGAAGGAGCUGGACGGCGGCUGCCUAAGAGGCCCACAGUUGCUCUGCCCCAUCCAGACCCAAGCAACUCCUGCAGUCUGACUGCCUGAGACAAGCACGUGCUGUGGAUGAGAGACAGUGGAGGGUGGAGCUCAUUCUUUGACACACCUCAGUUCUGGUUUCGGCAUUAGUCAUUGUGAGAAAAUGGCACAGCAACAGACUGCACUGGAAGAAAGCAUAGAAAACAUCGUCAACAUAUUCCAUCAAUAUUCUGUGAGGAUUGAACCCAGAGACUUGCUGAAUAAGAAGGAACUCAGAAAUCUUGUGGCUAACGAGUUACCAAACUUCCUGAAGAAAGAGACAAGAAAUCAAACAGCCCUAGACGAUCUCAUGGAGGACCUGGACAAGAACCAAGAUUCCCAACUGGAUUUUAAUGAGUUUGUGGUUCUGGUGAGCAGGGUGCUACAAGCCAGACAGCAGCAGACAUUACACCCCUAGGGCUCAAGAUUUCACCUGUCAAAGUAGAUCAGCAGAGUGCCCGCUCCUGCGCGUACGGCCACAGCCGUGGGCCAGGCCUCAGCGGCGGCAGCCACGCCCACACCAGGAAUCAACAGGCCACCUUGAGCCUGACGGUGUCGUCAUGUCACGGGGUUUGAUUGCGGACAAAUAAAGUCUCCAUGCCGGU